UCUUGCUAUUUUGUUUCUUACCUACACUCAAAACAUGAAAUUCUUAUCCUCUGCUAUUCUUUUGGCUCUCUCUAUUGCUAGCACUCAAGUAUUUGCUGAUACUGUAAAUGCCGAAGACGCUGCCAAUGUUAAUUCCGAACAAAAUCAAAACAUUGAGGCUGAAUAUGCUUAUCCUGCUGCCUUCCACCCUUACAUACUAGACUAUUACCCCAACUGGAAUCAUUUAGCCCGUCGUGGUCGUAACUUUGGUGGCUGCGGCUGGGGUGGUUGUAGUGGUAGCGGAUGGGGAGGCCAAAGACUUCCUCCUACCCCUCCCACUCCCCCUACUCCUCCUACUCCUCCAUUUGUCUGGUAGGAAUAUCUUUCUUUGCAACGCUACCAUCCAUUCUCUUUGUUUUUCUUUUGUAAACAAAUAAAUGCUCCUCAUUUGUUUCAAAUACUCAAAGCUUGACUUUUUAACUUCUUCCCUCUGUAUAAAUGAGCCUGUGUGAUAAAUUAUGCAUAAAUAUCACACCCCUUUUAUUUCUCGUGAAGCAUAAUUGGUAUUGUCAUGCAAAAGAUGACAUCAUGUAUGCUCUGAUAUCAAUGUCUAUCACUAGGAUUCAGGGACCAACGCCUAGAAUGUGUAUCACACAAUAAUGCGACUUUAUUAUUUACAUUUAAUCAAACCUUUAUUUACAGUUGAUAUCAUCCUUGAGCUACAGAUACAUACUUUUUU